AUGGGGAAGAAGAUGGAAGAAGGGAUGGAGGAGAAGCCUCUGUUGGAGAGAGAAGCAAAGGGGAAUCAAAACGACGAUGGAGAGUGUCGUAUUACAUCUGCUGUUGUUCUCAGUACUUUGGUCUCCGUCUUUGGUUCCUUCUGCUCCGGUUGUUCUGUGGGUUAUUCGUCGGCUUCUCAAUCUGGCAUCAUGAGGGACUUGAAAUUCUCCAUAGCUGACUACUCAGUGUUUGGGUCCAUCAUGACAUUCGGUGGAAUCAUAGGCGCAGUGUUCAGCGGCAAGGUCGCUGAUCUUCUCGGCCGCAAAAAUGCCAUGUGGUUUUCGGAAAUAUUUUGCAUCAUGGGUUGGUUAACCAUUGCCUUUGCCGAGGAAUCUUGGUGGCUAGAUGCUGGGAGGCUUUCUUUGGGAAUCGGAACUGGAAUCUUUAGCUAUGUGAUACCUAUAUACAUAGCGGAAAUCACACCGAAACACGUACGAGGAGCUUUCGUGUUUGCUAACCAGCUACUGCAAAAUUGUGGGCUGUCGUUUGCAUAUAUUGUCGGAAAUGUAAUCGAAUGGCGUAAAUUGGCAAUUCUUUGUUCGGUUCCUUGUGUUCUCCAAGUCGCCGGUUUAUUCUUCAUCCCUGAGUCACCUAGGUGGUUGGCGAAGAGUGACGACGAAAAAGAUUUCAAAUCCGCAUUGCAACGUCUUAGGGGACAAGAAACCGAUAUUUCCCGUGAGGUGAAAGCCAUUCAGGAAAUGGUUGAAGCAUCUGAACAAGGUCCCAAAAGUGGAAUUCUAGACUUGUUUCAAAGAAGAUACAUUCACGCAGUUAUAGUCGGAAUCGGUCUAAUGCUUCUGCAACAGCUUUCGGGAAGUACCGGUGUGACAUAUUACGCGAGUUCUAUCCUCGAAAGAGCCAGUUUUCCGAGUAGCAUCGGAACAAUGAUACUAGCGAUCGUCAUGUUACCGAAAUCUUUGAUGGGUUUGAUGUUGGUCGACAAAAUGGGACGUCGUCCUCUUCUUAUGGUACGUUUAACCAAUAAAUUUUCGGCUUCCGCAAUGUUCUUGUUUUCCCUCCUGUUGAGUUUCUCCUUCACCUUGCAGAACUUUCACCUAUUGGAAGAGUUGACUCCCAUAUUCACAUUCAUUGGCGUAUUGGGAUCAAUCGUUACCUUCGCAAUUGGCAUGGGAGGCUUACCAUGGAUCAUAAUGUCUGAGAUAUUUCCAAUCAAUCUGAAAGUUUCAGCUGGCAGUCUCGUGACUUUCACUAACUGGUCGACCGGAUGGAUCAUUGCGUAUAGUUUCAAUUUUCUACUUGAAUGGAAUACGGCAGGAACGUUCUUGAUUUUCGCGUUUGUGACCGCAGUCGCGGUUUUGUUUGUGUGGGCGCUUGUGCCGGAGACCAAAGGCAGGACACUCGAAGAAAUUCAAGCUUCUUUUACUAAUUUUCUUCAAUAGAUUAUAGAUGUAUAAAUAUAAAUAUUCAUAAAAUAAUAUAAUAUAAAAAAAAUAAGAUAGUAUUUUCUAUUGCUUUUGAAGAUCGAAAAAAGAUUGUAUAUUUCCAUUUUGUAUAUAACAGUUUCAAUU